CCCAAGUAGUGUGGCCAGCCUGUCCGGGCGGAACAUCUGAUUUCGCAGUCGUUACAUCAAAACAAAAUGUGUUCGGCAAUUCUUAGGAGCUCGAUAUUGCUGAAUUUAAGGUCCUUAGCGCCUAUAUCCCACCUCCAAAGGCUGCACACCAGCUCCGCGCUGUGCAAGUGGCGGAAUGUGGCCUCUGGCGAUGUGGAGCGGAAGCUUUUAUACGGCGAUAAGCUGGCGGAGAACUACAAACUAAUCUAUCGGGCCCCCAUGGAGAGCUAUGUGACCUGGACGAAGAACAUAUCCACGGCCACGACCUCUAUUCUGGGAGUGGUGGCCGCCUAUCACUGGGCCACCACCUGGCAGGUCGUCAACGUUGUCCAGAAGAUGGACAUAGCCAUACUGGUGUCACAGGAAUCGGAUUUGUACUUCUUCCUGGGGGGCUUUGUGCUCAUCAACCUGGCCAUACGAACUUUUGUGGCCAAGUACCCGUUGAGGAUCUACAAGAGUCCUGAGAAAUACGUGGCUGUAUACGGAUCCCAACUGCCGGUGGGGACAGUAAAACACUAUUUCGAAAAAGGGCAAAUCUCUGAAUACAAAAAUUUCCUGAAUCCUUGGAAACACAUUAUGUACAAAUUGGGGAAUCGCUCCUCCAUGCUGUUGGUCGACUAUUUCAAAACGCCCUCGGAGUUCCACCAGCUAUUCGCGACUCAGUAACAGACAUUGCAUAUUAGUUCAUGUUGUAAAUUGUUGAAUAAAUAAAUAUUUUA